AGUGCGGAUCACACGGGCCCUAAGGCUGGCAACUAGGAUGGCCGGCUUCGAGGAUCUUGGGUUGUCAUCGUGGCUCGUGGAACAAUGUCGGCAGCUAGGUUUGAAGCAGCCCACUCCCGUGCAGCUCGGUUGUAUUCCCGCCAUUCUGGAGGGUCGGGACUGCUUAGGCUGUGCCAAGACAGGAAGUGGCAAGACAGCAGCAUUUGUCUUGCCCAUCUUGCAGAAGCUGUCUGAGGAUCCUUAUGGCAUCUUCUGCCUUGUCCUAACACCCACCAGGGAGCUGGCCUACCAGAUUGCGGAGCAGUUCCGGGUGCUGGGGAAGCCCCUGGGUCUGAAAGACUGCAUCAUCGUCGGUGGCAUGGACAUGGUGACCCAGGCACUGGAACUCUCUCGGAAACCACAUGUGGUCAUUGCCACUCCAGGACGCCUGGCUGACCACCUCCGCAGCUCUAACACCUUCCACAUAAAGAAAAUUCGCUUCUUGGUGAUGGACGAGGCAGACCGGCUGUUGGAGCAGGGCUGCACCGACUUCACAGUGGACCUGGAAACCAUCCUGGCAGCCGUACCCGCCCGCAGGCAGACUCUGCUCUUCAGCGCCACACUGACAGACACGCUCAAGGAAUUGCAAGGCCUGGCCACCAACCAGCCCUUCUUCUGGGAGGCACAGGCCCCGGUGCGCACUGUGGAGCAGCUGGACCAACGCUACCUGCUGGUGCCUGAGAAGGUCAAGGAUGCAUACCUGGUGCACCUGAUCCAGACCUUCCAGGAUGAGCACGAGGACUGGUCCAUCAUCAUUUUCACCAACACGUGCAAGACCUGCCAAAUCCUGUGUAUGAUGCUGCGUAAGUUCAGCUUCCCCACAGUGGCUCUGCACUCCAUGAUGAAACAGAAAGAACGUUUUGCUGCUCUGGCGAAGUUCAAAUCCAGCAUAUACCGGAUCCUGAUUGCCACAGAUGUGGCCUCUCGGGGCCUGGACAUCCCCACAGUGCAGGUGGUCAUCAACCACAACACCCCUGGACUUCCCAAGAUCUACAUCCACCGAGUCGGACGGACAGCCCGUGCAGGGCGGCAGGGACAGGCCAUCACGCUGGUGACACAAUAUGACAUCCACCUGGUACACGCCAUUGAGGAACAAAUCAACAAGCAGCUGGAGGAACUGUCGGUGGAGGAGGCCAAGGUGCUGCAGAUCCUCACACAGGUCAACGUCGUGCGGAGGGAGUGUGAGAUCAAACUGGAGGCGGCCCACUUUGACGAAAAGAAGGAGAUCAACAAGCGGAAGCAACUGAUCCUGGAGGGGAAGGACCCCGACCUGGAGGCGAAGCGCAAGGCAGAGCUGGCCAAGAUCAAGCAGAAGAACCGGCGCUUCAAGGAGAAGGUGGAACACACACUCCAGCGACAGAAGGCCAGCAGGGCUGGCCGCAGGGGACGUCCACCCCGGGCCCAGCCUGGGUCCCACACAGCCCCAGCACCGACCCAGGGCCCGGCCUGAGUUCACCAUGGCCCCUCCUGCCCAGUCUGGGACUGCUUAUUGACUGAGGGUCUGAGGGACUCCCCUCAAGCCUUUCCUGUGCCCCUCAGUGGAAGCCAUGGACACCUACAUCAUGCAGUCCCCACUCCUUUGUCCGGAAUCCCCAGCUGGCCCUUUCCUAGGGCCCUGGCCAGGAGUCAGGCUGCAGAGGAGGAAGGAGCACUGACUGAGGCGGAACCCUGCUCCACAAAUUCCACACCGUGGCACAGGUGCCCCCGGGCACAGCAUUCCGUGGAUAGGUGGCACUCAAUAAAUGGGUCUUUCAGCUUUU